AUGCAGCUACUAAAGCGCUAUAUUCUCCAACUGAAUUCCCUAAAGCAUGAGUAUACUUUUUAGAUAUAUCUUCUAUUUGAUUUUCUUUCAUAUACUUUAAUAGAGAAAUAUAUGAAUUUAUAAAAAUAGCUGGCUAUGCAUUUUCAGUCAAAUUAAUCUAAUCUUAUGGUCCUUCAAGCAUCAGCUUAAUCAUAUCUUUAUUUAGUAUAUUAGAAUACUCAUUAACUAGUUUUUAAGACCAAUCUUUAUGUUGUUAGUCUUAUAAAAUAUAUUUUCCCAUACCAACAAACUAACUUCCCUAUCCUGGAAAGAGAAGAGCACUCAAAAUUUUACUUGAGUUCUAAAUCAUGA